AUGUCGAUAUUUAGUGAUAUAUUACCUAUAAAUAAAAAUGAAGAGAGAAAACAGCAGGGUGGUGGAAACCUUUCCCCGUACUUAAACUUUGACCCUAACUAUAUACCAAAAAUGCAGCCAGAAUUCUUGUAUCCUGACGAGAGUCACAUGGCUUCGACUGCUAGACGAUCGAAUGUAGCCUUGCCAAUCAUAGGAAUGUCAUUUAUGACUGGAUCAGGUAUAGGAGGUAUGGCCGGUCUGUAUAAGGGAUUGAGAGCAACAACACUUGCAGGACAGACUGGCAAAGUUCGAAGAACACAACUAAUUAAUUAUGUUAUGAAACAAGGUACCACAACUGGUUGCACACUAGGUGUUAUAGCAUCAUUCUAUUCAACUCUCGCCCUUGGUAUCACAUGGCUUCGUGAUAAAGAAGACACAGCAAAUACCUUUAUUGCAGCUGCAACUACUGGAGUACUAUACAAAAGUACUUCAGGCCUCCGCUCAAUGGGCCUUGGUGCUGCAGCAGGAUUAACCCUCGCAGGAAUUUACACUCUCGUCACAGAUAAUGAUAAUAUUUGGAGUAAAGCAAGAUAUAUAAGAAUG